AUGCUGCCUCCGGGAUUGGCUGCUUCGUGGAAGGCAGGUCUGCGGCUCGGAUCGACGUCUUUACUCUUCACGGCAAGCGCCGCUGCCUCACCUCGAUGUGCUACCCCAACCAUACUUUCUCUCUCAAGAUCUAGCAUCGACACUCGCAUCCCAUCACAUCGACCGCUGACCACUUCGAGUAACAUCCUUGCCCGACUGGCUCCCCUCGCUCGGCGGCGAGACCCCCUCGCACGAUCACACCCCACUCCUAUCUCCCCACCGCCACAAGACCUCGACCCCAUCCAUCCGUAUCCACCACCAUCAUCCGCACACCAACCGUCCACCUCACGCGCGCUGCUCUUCCUCGUCGCAUUCUCCACCCUCACCUUCACCUCGGCGGCGUACUACUCCCUCCUCGACACGCAGCGCAUCGCCUCGCGUCUCCACACCUCCCGCGAUGUGUUUUCCAACAUCUCGAGCUUCUUCACCUCCUCGAACGAUGGAGCUUCUUCUCGCUCGAUCUGGGGUUCUGGGGUGGACGAACGUCGUCUGGCGGUGGCAAAGACUCAGGAUACAGCGGAGAGACUCGGGUUGCGGAUGGAGUGGAUCAUGCGUCGGUGCGAACAGCUCCUUCCGGAGCCCGUGUGCGAGGUUAUCGGACGAACGUAUUUGAUUGUUGCGGAGAAGUAUGUGAACCUUUCUCCAUCGCAGAGGGCGGUUGUACCGGUGGUGGCGGUGAAUACUUUGGUGUUUGCGAUGUGGAGCGUUGCUUCGAUCGGUAGACGAGGUGGUGGGGGAAUGUUGGGUUGGAUGACGAGGAACUUUGUCCAUCGUCCGAGUGCAAAUCGUAACCGAACCUUGGUCACCUCGGUAUUCAGCCAUCAGAACUUCUUGCAUUUCACCUUCAACAACCUCGCACUCUGGUCUAUCGGCGGUUCUGCCGUCUACCUCUCCACCCACCUCUCCUCCUCCUCCGCAGUGGAAGAAGCUUCACCCACCCCACACUUUCUCGCCUUUUUCGCAACAGCGGGGGUAUUCGCCGCUACCGUUUCCCACAUCGUCACCGCGGUACGCUUUAAACGCAUUUCGGCGCUACACGGGGUAGCGUUUGCGAAGGAGACGCUGGGAAGACACGCGAGUCUGGGUGCAAGUGGCGCGGUGUACAGCGCACUGGUGAUGAGCGCAUUUGCAUUCCCCGACGCCAAGCUGGGUGUAAUACUGCUGCCGUGGGUGACGGUGAAUAUUGGUGUCGGGGUGGUGGGGUUGGUGCUGGUCGAUGCAGUGGGUGUGGUGAGGGGGUGGAGGAUGUUCGAUCAUUGGGCGCAUUUGGCGGGUGCGGCGUUUGGUGCCGGGUAUUGGUUUGGGGGAGCAGAGGUGUGGGAGUGGUUGAAGCGGAGGCUGGUGGAGAGGUUGAGGGCGGGUCGGGAGCUACAGUAA